GUGCUGUGAAGUACUUGGAGUGCUCCGCGUUGACCCAGCGAGGGCUGAAGACAGUAUUUGACGAGGCCAUCCGUGCCGUGCUCUGCCCUCCACCCGUGAAGAAGAGGGGGAAGAGAUGCACUAUGUUCUGAGAGACAAAACACUGCUGUAACAAAACACUGCAUCACCAUCAACAAUAACCACUAUUUCUCUGAGAGGAUGAGACAGAACAUUAGUGAGAGCGAGUGUGCAAUUCUGUAAUUACUUAAUGUUGAUGUUUUUGCAAAACCACGUUGGUGAUAAGAUCGAUAUUUAAAACGUUUUUCUAACUUUACUGAAUAAGGUUCUCUGUGAAAGACACUGGUUGAUUUGUACCCAUUGAACUGGUUUGUUGCCAGGAGGACUGCAGAGCUUUUUCAAACUCAUCUUCAUGCUUGCUUCAGUUAAUGCAGUGGUGAUUAGAUAGUGUGAACUGUGAUAGGCUUUUAGAUCUGAAGCUCCUCACAGCUUCUUAUCUAAGAUCAGCAAGUUAAAACAACCAUAGCAGUAACAGUAUUGGAGGUACUAAUAUGUUUUCUCAUUUGUUCAUUAAUGUACUCACUAAUCUACCAGGGUUAGAUCAUUUAACAAGUUGUUCACUAAAUAUAAAGUUAUUGUUCAUCAGUUAUGAAUUGCAUUUAAAUAACUCCAAAUGAACCUGAACAAAUAUAACCUCACCCCCCCC